AUGUCUGAGGCUCCGAAGUAUAAAUACCUAGUUGAGGGUUGCAAGUGGUCGGCGAAAGGUCGGAUAUGGGCUACCGCAGAUCAGUUUCGGACGCGGUGUCCGAAGGCGUUGAAGAGCGACUUCGUGGAUGCGUUUUGUAGUGUGCAGUGCAGUCCUUCGGGUAUGGCAUCUUGCCGCAUGUGCGGGCAGCACAUCGCUCGCAAGUCCUAUCGCGUCUCAUGGCCGCUUCGUGACCCGCGGGGUGAGCUCGGUGCCAUUCCGGCUUGGAUACACCUUGAGUGCGCGAAUCAAGUAAUACCCAAGAUAUUCAACGCCUGGUUGGCCACCAACAGCGGCGAAGAAGAGUCUCGCAUGGCCUGCAGCCUGGAAAGAGCCAAUACAGAGAUGAGUUUACGGGAAACUAAUGGACACGAUGACAGGGCAGAAUCGGAGGCGGAGGCGGAGGCAUUUUCAGUAGAUAUGUUGACUUGGUGUGAAAUUUACUGUGCGGAGUGGAUGGCAUUUGCAAAGGAGGUACGGGCUGAGUUUUGGUCGGCGGUAUCGAAGCGAUGCGCCGAUGAUAAUGUGUCUUUGUUGGAUGUCGCAAAAGAGCACGUGGUGACGACAUUGGCUCCAGUGGAGUAUGUCCCGGGUAUGGUUGGUACAUUGUUACCUUUCCAACAGGAGGGUGUGGCAUGGAUGGCGUAUCAAGAGGCCGAUCCGAAGGUUUUUGGUGGUAUCUUGGCCGACGAAAUGGGAAUGGGUAAAACCAUCCAGACCAUUGGUUGUAUCCUGCUCAAUCGCGUCUUCGGUACCCUCCACCCCCUCCGAGGCUCCAUUCCACUCCCGCCGGCACAUCCCAAUAGCCAGCUUAAUUGCGAACGUCGCGCAAAAUUCGAACUGAAACAACGACGACUCGAAGAGGAACAAAAACGUCUGCAGGAAGAGGAGGAGGCAGAGGCAGAGAAGACCCGCGAAGAGAACGGGAGAAGGAAAGCAAGACGCGGCCAAGAAGAUCGCGGUCACCAGAAACACUGCGAUGAGCGUCGGCGUCGCGUCUGGCAGCCCCGGAGCAAGCGACGACGGACGGCAGGCGGCGCGACUCGAACCGCGGAGUUGGAGAUGGUGAGUACGUACGGUGAUGAGCCGGAGUGCCGGGUAGACGAGCACCCGGAGGUCACGCGGGAAGGGGCCACGCUGGUCGUGGCGCCGUUGGCGGCCGUGUUGCAGUGGCAAGGCGAAAUAAGUCGUUUUACUAACGAACAACUGAACGUGGUCAUUUACCAUGGCGCCAAUCGUUCGUUACUGGUGGAGGAACUGGAGCGGGCGGACAUUGUCAUUACCACCUACCCUACCCUCGAAGCCGACUACCGCGCGGUCGUCAAGAAGCAUAAGCUCCAAUGCCCGUACUGCUCCAAAAUGUUCCUGCCAUCCAAGCUUCGCAACCACCUCAAACACAUGUGCGGACCCGAUGCUGAACGUACUGCCAAACAAGCCCUCACAGAUCGCAAAUAUGAAGCCGUCCGAGCUAAGGCAAUGCGUACCAUACACAAUCUAGAUGGCGACGUGGAUGCUAACCACGAUCUCGACGAUGACCACCCGGACGGAUCCGAUAUAGAUAAUCUCCGAGCUGGGGAUGACUUCGCGUCAGGCACAGUCAUUACUGAAAGCAGUGACCUGACCAGUGACCUGACCGGUGGUCUCACCAGUGGUUUCACCAGUGUAGUUAGUGGACCCGAAGCCGAGGCGGCCCGAGAUCUCGGCUGUCCGACUAUCAGCAAUAUGUACAGGGAGAUCUUGAUCAAGGCUGGACGAUAUAAAGACGCCCAAGACUACUCCGCAGCGCCGUGGCUUGGCCCACCCCGAAGAAGACGAGCCCGAGAUGUCCAGACGACAGACGGGGACCAGGGAACCCCAGACCGGGAGACCAGAGACAGGGACACUCAAGACUCCCCGCCUCAGCGGAUGGACGACGCAUUCCACGGCGCGGAUUUGCCCUCGCCCGAAACAAACUUUGUGGAAGGUGACGACUGGGUGAUGGACACCGGCCGCAUUCCGGUUGAGGUGGAGACCACCGGCGUUCCGGCUGCCAGAGAGGAAAUCCAGGACGACUGGGGACGUCGGCUGUCCGAGCCGAUCGUGUCCGAGGCGGAAGGGUUUGCUGAUGACCGAUUUGACCAUCUAGUUGACGACCAAGCUAAUGACCAACUUGAUGGCCAAGCUAGCAAGGUUGUUUCCGAACAACUCGUUCCAGAGCAAGCUAGCGAGGUUGUUUCCGAACGACUCGUUCCAGAGCAGGUGGUCCUCGACCAAGGGGUUCGGGGCGACGGUUCGAACACGACGGACGAGGAGGGCGCGGUUCCGGAGGCGGGUUCUUCGGUACCUGGGGACCAGACUCCCCCCCGUUGGCCGGGUCGUCCGGAUGGGGGCGUCUAUCAGCCCGUGUUGGAAGAGAUGUUAACCCCUAUGUAUCAGUGCGAUAGCAAAAACCCGAAGACCCCGGCAGAUUCACCGGAGGCGGUGGCAGAGGCUGUUGCAGGGGCUGUUGGAGAGUCAGGGGUUCUCGGAGGUGGUGCGGCGGCGGUAGGGGUCUUGAGGAUUUCAGAUUCCCAGUUGCGGAAAAAGCGCAUUGCUGAAUUGAGGGAGUGGUGCGAAGACCUAAGUCUGAUUGGGGACCCUAGAGGACGUUGGUUGAAGAAAGACUAUGUUCGGCUGCUGGUGGAGUGGAAGAGCAGCCAUGGGAAUCCGUCCUCUAUGGGCAAGCAAAGGAGGAAGCCAAGGGACGGCAAAACCGCCCGUCCUUUAUUCGCUCCGUCUUCCGAAGAGUCUGAAGGGUCCACAGUCAAGAGAGAAGAGGGCCACUGGAAGACCCAACGGACUAGUCGGGAAAGGACUGGAUGUGCAGGUACUGGUCACCCUGGUCGGGGAUUUGCUGGUGCUGGUCGUCGUAGUAGUAUCAUCAAGCAGGAGCCGAAGAAGCAGGAAGGACCGAAGCAACCGGCGAAGGAGGACCUAGGGGAUCCGGGACGACGUGCGUCGACAGGCGAGUUGAGAGCCAUGAGAGCUCCUCCUGUGGGGUCAUCGAGGAAGCGUGCGAGAUCCCUGAGUGUGAGUCUAGGUUCAGACACUUCGGAAGAUUCGGACUUGCUGAGUACCUCGUCGAGGAGUGCUACGGCUUGGGAGACGUCAGAGGCAUCAUCCUCGGAGGCAACUGACAUGGACGUGGAAUCGAGCGACUGGGAAGACAGCGAUGUGGAACCAUACGCUGCUGCCCCGAGGUCAAAGACGAAGGAACGGGGUGUCAGCAAAGGAGGCAAGGCUCUGAAAGGCGGCCAGUCUUUGAAAGGGGGUCAGUCUGCGAAAGUCGGCCAAUCUGGAAAGCUGAUCAAAGGUGGGUCUGUGAAAGGCGGGUCUGUGAAAGGUCGCAAAACUGUUAAAGGAGAGUCUGCGCAAGGUAGGAAACGUGCUAAGGUCGCAGAACGUGCACAGGAAGAAUCGGGCCCCGACCGCUCCGACGAGGUAGACCGUUCAAAUGCGGACAACAUUGAACUUGGGCGAAUUGAUUUGUCAUCAAGUCCGUUGCAUUCGAUCAAAUGGAAUCGAAUCGUGCUUGACGAAGCUCACCGAAUCAAGAGCCAUAGCACAAAUACAAGCAAGAGUGUCUUUUCGCUCAAGUCAUGCGGUACGCGCUGGUGUCUUUCCGGGACACCUCUUCAGAACAGGGUCCACGAGCUCUAUAGUCUCCUGCGCUUCCUCCAGUUCUAUCCGUACGCGUACUACUUUUGCAACAAGAAAGGAUGCCAUUGCUCGAGUCUGAAUUAUUCGUUCGAAGAAGGAUCGUACUGCGUCAAAUGCGGCCAUACCAAAAUGGUCCACUAUUCAUUUUUCAACCGGAAAGUGGCGAAGCCCAUUAUCAAUUACCAGGCGCAAGGAGAAGGUGCUCUGGCGCUGCAAGCGUUACGGAAGGAUGUUUUGAGUCAAAUUUUGUUGCGCAGGACCAAGGUGGAACGCGCCAAGGACGUAAAAUUGCCACCUCUGGAAGUUUAUAUACGGAAGCAGGAACUCUCCGAACAAGAGAUGGAUUUUUACGAGGCGUUGUACAAGCAGAGCAAGACGAGAUUCGACACCUACGUUAAUUCCGGGACCGUUUUGCAUAAUUUCGCACACGUGUUUGAUUUAUUAUCGCGUCUUAGGCAAGCUGUAGAUCACCCUUAUUUAAUUCGAUUUGGUCUUCUAAAGGCCGCGGCAGACGGAGACCGUGGCGCAUUGGCCGCAGCCCUGUCCGCAAAUGUGACAACACAUAUCUGCGGUCUCUGUCAAGAGGAUAUCGAGCAGACUACCUUUUAUAAGAGCGCAUGUCACCAUUAUUUCGACAUGGCUUGUUUGGAUGAAUAUGUACAGUCUGCGCCGCCGUCUGUUCCCGAGAUUGGAGCAGCGCAGUCGGCCAGUGCAGCGCAGUCGGCCAGUAAUGUGAGGAUAGGAUGUCCAGUUUGUUACCAAAGUUUGACGUACAAUUUGGUGCGUUCGGAGGCUGCUGACCCAACAGAUGAUAGCCAUAUUCAAGCGGUGGUGAAUCGUAAUUCGAUUAUUAGUCAUUUCCGCGCAGAAGAGUUUCAGAGUUCAACGAAGAUAGAAGUUUUGAUUGAGGAGUUAAGGAAUGUUGAACGAGGAGAGAAGGCGAUAGUAUUUAGUCAAUUUACGAACUUCUUGGCCCUCAUCGAAUUCAGUCUAAAGAGAGAGGGGAUAAAGUGCGCUGUGUUCACAGGAAGCUUGAGUAUGGAAAGUCGACAGAACAUGAUCAUUGCAUUCAACACCGAUCCAGACUUACAGGUCAUUCUAAUCUCUCUUAAGGCAGGCGGAGAGGGACUCAACCUACAAGUGGCAAAUCACAUUUACUUAAUGGACCCGUGGUGGAACCCCGCGGCGGAGAUGCAAGCCAUACAAAGAGCACAUCGCAUUGGACAAACCAAGAAGGUUACGGCCAUCAGAGUGAUUGCCAAAAACACCAUCGAAGAACGGAUACUCCAACUCCAGGAGAAGAAACAACUCGUGUUCGACGGGACUGUCGGAAGCAAUAACCAGGCCUUCCAGAAACUCUCUUCUGACGACCUUCGGUUCCUCUUCCAAUGA